GAGGUCAAGCCGAACAAAGUCCUCCUCGUCCACGGCGCGGGGAUGUGCGCGUACACCUACCAGAAGCUCAUGCGCGAGCUCCAGAAGAUCGGGUACGAGUGCAUCGCGCCCGACCUCCCGGGGCACGGCGGCACGUCGAAACCCUCCCCGAGCGCGUUCAAGUACGACUCGAAGGCGUACGCGGACGCGCUCGAGGCGUUCAUCGCGGAGACGGACGUCGUGAUCAACGGCCCGUGCGACCUCGUCGUGUCCGGCUUUUACACGUCGCAGCACGCGUUGCUUCUCGCGGCGAAAACGCCGGAGCUCUUUCGACGCGUCGUCGUCCUCAACGCGCCGCUC